AUGGGUUCGUCAACAGCAGUGGAGUUCCAGGUCAUGGAAGGCAACGUUAUCGGUCGGCCGACAUUCUGCGGCGCCGCACAGGUUUCAGUCGAAGCGUUGCUGGGUGAUCCUACGGCAUCGGAGUCUCUUUGCGCCUCAGCAUCAGGGGGCACCCUGACAGGUCCGGUGAUGGAUCUGGAGCUCCGCCUCCCAUCAGACGAGGUAACAGGCCGCAUCUUUGUCCAGGCCUUGCUUGUCAGCCGGCAGCCUGGUGAGGCGCAGGCUGGGCCAUUGACAAAAGUGGAUCCAAGCCGCUUCGAUGCCAAAGUUGAGAGACUCGGGGUCUCUGGCGGCAGCGCAGCAUUUUUCAAGCUGUGUUUGAAGGAGCCCACUUCAUCAAGGCCUGCUGACUAUUUCAUUGGCAAGGACCUGAGUCAUGCAGAGGAUGAAGUAAACUUUUACGAGGAGGCACUCAGCCACAGGCAUGGAAGCAGCCUGGGGCCACUGCUCGGCUACACGCUGGAAUACGCUGGAGUUCUGAGCUGCACGGAGGAGACAGCGUCCGGAGAUGAAAAGCGAAAUGAGCUUCUUGUCAUGCGAAAUUUGAGAUGCGGAUGCUCGAAGCUGCGGCUGCUGGAUGUCAAGAUUGGUCAGAAAACAGCGCAGGCCGGCUGGCAAGGAAAGUCUCGGGCAGCUGCCCUUCGUCAGAGUCUGGUUGAUGGCAUCACCAACUCCAGCUGUGAGGGCUUCAGGUUGGAGGGCUUUGAUGGGCGACCACCCGCGCUGGAAUCCAUGGACCCACUGCUUGACAUUGGGAUGACUGGCAACGCGAAAAUGGCAAAGAAGGCCCUGCGUGUGAUGCUGCAAAGAAUGACAGCGGCUGAGAUGUUGGUGCACUUCUGGGAUGUACACCAGGAACCAGCUGACGUGGACGACGCCGGGCUGGAGAGCAAGCUUUGCACGACAGAGGUUGCCGAGUUAGUGGCCAAUGAGGUAGUUCGCCAGCUUGCAGGUCUGUCUGUAGCGUGUCGGCGGUCGCCUGUGCCACAGAAGUGGAUUGGGAGCUCCGUUGGCCUUGGCUUUGACUGCGGCCGGUUGCCAUCUAGGGCAACUGGGGAAGAUGAAGUCAGAAGCUCGACAAAAGUUCAUACCUUUGACUGGGGGCGAUCCGAGCUCAACACCAUGGACAAACACAUGCUGCUGAGCGAGAAGGACCAACAUGACAGAGGUGAGUUCUGGAGAUACUACAUGGGCGGUGUUGACCGACUAGCUUGGGAAGCGGCAAGAGCCUACAAGCACCGCUUCUGCUGCACAACCAGGUGGUCGAUCAUAACGUUCAAGCUUUAUGACUUUGACUCCAUGUCUGAAAACGAUUUCAUUGGCAGGCUGACCGUGCCGGUGGAGGAGACUCCCGAGACAACAGCAGAAUUGAGCACAAAGGACGGGAACCACGUGGUUGGAGAUUAUGGUUUCCGUGGCUCAGCCACGUUGACUUACUCAAUCACUUGGAGGUCCUACCCCAAGACAUCCCGGCUAAUCGGCUCUUGGAGAGUGCACCUCAAAAGAGCGCAGCAUCUCCCAAGACAAGACAAAAUGCAGUUGAGGACCACAUCGGACCCAAUGUGCGAAAUCACC